AUGGCUGGCCCAUUUGUGAUCAGAGAACACACCUUUGAAGGACAGCACAUCCGGGAAUAUCCAAGAGCGUUAGCAUCGAACCAGGAAGAUGUCGUCUGGCUGCACGCGAAGAGCUACACACCUCAUGAAGUCGACAAUGGCAGCGCCGCCGGCGAUAUGACGAUCAUAGCAUACCAUGCCAAUGCCAUUCAGAAGAAGGCAUACGAGCCCUUCUUCGAAACUCUUUAUCGCAACCUCAAAGAGCGCCAAGGUCUUGUCCCAAGCAGUAUCUGGAUCGCGGAUCAAGCAGCUCAGGGUACCAGUGCUCUGCUAAGUGACGAAACGCUCGGUAACGAUCCCAGCUGGUUCGAUCAUUCGCGAGAUGUUCUGGCAAUGACUAACACUUUCCGCAAGCACAUAAAGAAGUCUCUCGUGGCGAUCGGACACUCGAUGGGUGGAGUUCAAGCAAUUGGCACAUCACACUUGCAUCCGAAUCUGUUCGAUGCUGUUGUCAUGAUGGACUCUCCCAUUAGUCUCAACUAUUCACCGUCAUUAGGUGCGAUGGUGAAUUAUGCUCUUGGCCGAGUCGAGACAUAUGACACUAGGGAGCAGGCGGAGCAGGCUAUUCGCAAGAGUCCUGUUUUCGAAGGAUGGAGCAAGCAAGCCUUGCAGCGCCAUAUCGAAACGGCUUUCCACGAUUCGCCAACUGUUGCUAUACCCAACCGCAAGAUCAAGCCAACAAACACAAAGCAUGCUGAAAUUACCUCAUUGACGAGGCCUAACGUCGGGCACAUGGGCGUCUCUGGCGAGCUCUCUGACGCACAGCGUGCUGUACAUCCUGAUGUCGACCCGAAGGCGCCUUUGACUGGCCCGGUCUAUAACCCAUACCCACGACAAGCAUGGAACCUGCUCCCAAGUCUCCGUCCAUGCGCCCUAUUCGUCUGUGGAGAGGGAUCGCGUGUAUGCCGGACAAACGAGAUCGAGGAGCGACAGAACUUGACCGGCACGGCGCCAGGAGGUAGUGGCGGAGCAGCGGUUGGGAAGGUCGCUUCGGUGACGGUUCCUGGCGGCCACUUUAUGCCUAUGACCAAUAUGGAUGGAACGGCAGAAGCGAUAGCGUCCUGGCUACGGGUGGAGGUUGAUAGAUACCUGAAGCGGAGGAAUGAAGUCGUGGGUACUUGGAUGCGGAAGGACCUGCCGGAGAAGCAGAAGCUCGAUGUAGGUGUUGAGAAGACUUUGAGGAGUUGGGAUGGGAAGCCUUGGGCGAAGCCGGAGCCACGGGUGCAGAAGAGUCGACUUUGA